AACGUCCGGUAUGGUUUAUAUUCUCUGGUAUGGGAUCACAAUGGCAAGGAAUGGGUACAGAUCUUAUGAAAGUUCCAGUUUUUGCUGACGCUAUAAACAAAUGUGAUGUUAUACUAAAACCAAAAGGCGUUGAUAUUAAGAAUAUUUUGACCAGUCAAAAUCCAAAACUUUUUGACAACAUUCUCAAUUCAUUUGUCGGUAUCGCUGCGGUUCAGAUUGGACUAGUAGAAGUGUUGAGAGCAUUAGACAUAACACCCGAUGGAAUCAUAGGCCACUCGCUCGGAGAAUUGGGAUGUGCUUACGCUGAUGGUUGUUUUACGGCUGAAGAAAUGCUAUUAGCUUCUUACGCCAGAGGUCAAGCUACUCUAGAAACAGACGUUAUUCCUGGCAUGAUGGCCGCCAUUGGACUUGGAUAUGACCAAAUCAAAGACAGACUUCCCAAUGACAUCGACGUCGCUUGUCGUAAUAGUGCCACUAGUUGCACAAUAUCGGGUCCAGUUGAAAGCAUCAAAGAGUUCGUGUCACAACUAAAAUCCGAAGGUGUCUUCGCAAAAUCCGUUAACGUUGGUGGCAUAGCGUUUCACAGUAGAUAUAUUCAAUCCGCUGGUCCGACUCUACUUAAAUAUUUAAAAGAUGUGAUCAAAGUACCAAAGAAAAGGUCGUCUAAAUGGCUUAGUAGUUCGUUGCCAGAAACUGAAUGGGAGUCUGACCUCGCAAAAUAUUCUUCUCCAGAAUAUCAUACAAACAAUCUAUUGAGUAGUGUGUUAUUCGAGGACGUUUUAAAUCACAUACCAAAAGACGCGAUUACAAUUGAAAUUGCUCCUCAUGGCCUUCUUCAAGCAAUUAUAGAAAGAGCAUUACCUGAAAUGGUAACCAAUAUUUCAUUGACGAAAAGAAUGUAUGGAGAUUCGGUUCGAUUCCUACUUACUUCUAUAGGAAAGUGAGUUAUUGUUCACCAU